CAGGAGAUCCUCGGCGAGGCCGUCAAAGUGGCCCGCUCGCAGUUUGGGUGCCGCGGCAUCCAGCGCCUCGUGGAGAAGUGCCUGCACGUGCCCAGCACUCAGGCGGUCCUCGAGGAGCUGCUCGGGGACCCCCAGGCGAUCCGCGAGCUCUGCAAGCACCCGUUUGGACACUACGUCGCGCAGAGCGUGCUGGAAUCUGGCUUCGAGGAGUUCAAGCGCCGAGUGGCGGUCGCCAUGCUGCGGGACUUGCCGAGGCUGGCCACCCACAAGUCUGCGAGCUACGUGGUAGAGAAGGCGAUGACGCAUUGCGACGAGGAGGUCCAGGCCCAGUUCUGCCGCAGCUUGACGGAGGCCGAGGUCGUGCGGGCGCUUGCCGCGAGCAAGGGCGUGUACGUCUUGAGGGCCAUCUCGAGGAAGUCCGAGGAGCUCCGGCGUGCCGUGCGCCGCGCCCUCUCCGACGAUUGGCUGGCCUCCGAGCAGGGGAGGGCGGUGCAGGCGAGCAAGCAUGCCAGAGUGCUGCUGAAGGACCUCGGCAUCCAGUGCGACGGCCUGGACGCCGCGGCGGCCAGCUCCGCCGCGGAGGCCGCCGAGAGCGCCGCGGGGGAGGAGGCCGCCUGAUCGCGGCACGGCCACAGGC